AUGGAGCGCGAAUACCAUCGUCCGGACUUUGAGGGAGGCUUGCGGCCCCGACCAAAACGCGCCGUGACCGACUAUGGCUCAACGACCGUCCAGUGGAUGCGCAACCGCCGCCCGCGCUACAAGAAUGCGCCCGCGCCAGAGAUGGAGCGGCCGAGCGCCAGCUACAUCGUCGACAUGCAGCCGCCCGCAGCACGUGUCGCCAGCGCCGCCGAGUCGAUACCUGCCAAAGCCGUGCAUUCGUCUCUGAACAAGGUCAAGCACCCCAUCAACGUCGUCAAGUGGACGCCAGAGGGCCGCCGCCUGCUCACAGGCUCGACCAGCGGCGAGUUCACGCUGUGGAACGGCAUGGGCUUCAACUUCGAGACCAUUAUGCAGGCCCACGAGGCUGCCAUCCGCGCCGUCGAAUACACAUCCACCGACGACUGGCUCCUGUCAGCUGAUCAGACUGGUGUCGUCAAGUACUGGCAGACCAAUUUCAACAACGUCAAAGAGAUUCAGGCCCACACCGAAGCUGUGCGGGGGCUGUCCAUAGCCCCGACCGACACCAAGUUCGUCACAUGCGCCGACGACACCACGCUCAAGAUCUGGGACUUUGCGUCGAGUACAGAAGAGUCGACGUUGACAGGACACGGGUGGGAGGUCAAGUCGGUCGACUGGCAUCCGCACAAGGGACUGCUAGUAUCAGGGUCCAAGGACCACCAGGUCAAGUUCUGGGACCCGCGCACAGGGCGCUGUCUGACGACGCUUCAUGGACAUAAAAACCCAAUAUCAAAAACCAUGUUCGAGCCCGUCCAAGGAAACAUGCUAGCAACAUGCGCCCGUGACCACACAGCCCGCAUCUUUGAUCUCCGAAUGAUGCGCGACGUCUUACUGCUCAAGGGACAUGAGAAGGACAUCAUCACCAUGGCAUGGCAUCCCAUGCACAAGAACCUGUUGUCUACCGGCGGCGUCGAUGGUAGCAUACACCACUAUCUCCUCGACGAGCAGAACCCUCCCGCCGGCGUCGCACCCUCGAUAUCGCCCUACGACGCCGCCGACUCGCAAAACGCCCCCUCACAAACCAUAUACCCUGCGCACAGCCUGCAAUAUGCUCACGACUUCACUGUCUGGACCAUGGACUGGCAUCCGUUAGGCCACAUCCUCGCCUCCGGCUCCAACGAUAGGGUCACGCGCUUCUGGACGCGUCCACGGCCAGGCGACACCAACUACGUCAACGACCGUUACCACAUUGGCCAAGCAGCAGCAGAGGCGCAAGGCACGUUCGACCGCGGUCAGGGCAGGCGGCAAAAGAUGGAAGAAGAAGAGCAGGAGGCAGAAGACGAGGCCGAAGGCUUGGUCGACCAGAAGAUGCCUUCAAAGAACCCAGGCGGUGGCUUCCUCCCACCUGGUCUUUCGCUGCCAGGACUCAACACAGCACCAGAUGGCACUUCGAGUUCUCUACCGGGUAUUGGAGGCACAAACCAUCCACCAAUCCCACCCCCACCAGGCGGUAUGCCCUUUCCACCCCCACCAAAUGCGGGCGGGGCGCCUAUUCCUCCUUUCAACGGCAUGGACCCCUCCCGCCUUGCACAACUCAUCGCAUCUGGCUCCCUACCACCCCCUCCUAUACCCCAUGGCCACGGACCUCCUCCACCAAACGCCAACGGAGCCCCUCCUUUUCCACCACCAAACUUUCCUGGCUUUCCACAAGGCAUGCCCCCUGGUAUGCCACCACUUCCUCCAGGCAUGCCGCCUCCCGGAUUCCCGGGCUUCCCUCCACCACCUGGCGGUAUGGGUGCGCCGCCACCGGGAUGGCCUGGUCCGCCCCCGCCGCCACAACAUCAGCAAGGGUUUGCGGGUGGGCAGGGUGGACCUGCGGGUGUAGGUGCAGAUGGUAUCAGGAGAAGAGCGCCGUUACCGGAUCAGCAGGAUGCUUUGAAGGCAGAAAUGAAUCAGGGACGGUACAGAAAAGCAAGGUAG